GCCGGAGAACUUCCCAUGGAUGCCUCUUCCCCCAUCUGGUUCCUUGCCGAACCAGCAUUGCAAAGUCUUAAUGGCAGAACUACACAACUACUUGCACGCUGCAGUAUCAACUCCGUGGAUGGAAGACAAAGUAGCGAUUGUUGACCUUUGCGAGUACAUUGCGAAGAUCGACCGCGAGUACGUCAAGCAACGGUACGACAACAUUGACGCGCCGUUACUCUACAUCCGCAUUCAGAUCGGGAAGGCGACCUGCAGCGCCUUGAUUGAUUGUGGAGCUACUCGCAACUACAUCAGCCAAAACUUCAUGGUGCGUGCCGACCUUGGGCCGUGUGUUCGAAGGAAGUCGCAGCCCACGCAAGUCACAUUGGCCGACGGUCGUACGCACAAGUCCAUUGACCGGUGCGUUGACUCCGUCCACGUGUACUUUGCCCCACACGCAUGCGAGGUCAUGUCCUUCGACAUAUUGGACACAAAGUUCGACAUGAUUUUGGGCAUGUCGUGGCUGCGCAACGAGGACCACCCGGUGAACUUCUACCACAACACCAUUCACGUUCGUGACCGGAACGGAGUACUUGUCCCAUGUACGGUCCCCCCACCUCACCCUUCGAUUGGUUGUCAUGUGGUCUCCGCGGCAAACAUUCGCAACUCCAUCGCACGGAACGACGUGGAAGAAAUGGGCAUUUGCUUCUUGCACGCCCUCCCUCCUCCCAACGAGCCAGCGACGGAACAGCCACCGGAUCCACGUAUUGUAGAGCUUCUUGACUCCUAUGGCGACGUCUUUGAAGCCCCUGCCGGAAUCGUACCGGACCGACCAAUUCGUCACGAGAUCAUUCUCGAAGACAGGGUCGAACCUCCACGUGGAUGUAUCUACUGCAUGAGCGAGGAGGAACUCGAAGUGCUACGAACGCAAUUCGAUGACCUCAUUGACAAGGGCUGGAUUCGCCCUAGCUGCUCGCCUUACGGUACACCCGUUCUCUUCGUCCGGAAGAAGAACAAGGAGUUGCGCUUAUGCAUCGACUAUCGCAAGCUUAACACUCAAACCAUUAAGAAUGUCGGCCCGCUCCCAUGCAUCGACGAUGUUCUCAAACGCUUGGGCGACGCCAAGUACUUCUCCAAGGUGGACCUCAAGGCGGGCUACCAUCAACUCAAGAUCCAUCCAAGAGAUCACUACAAAACCGCGUUCAAGACACGGUACGGGCACUUCGAGUGGGCCGUAAUGCCAUUCGGCCUCACGAAUGCCCCGGCCACCUUCCAAGCGACAAUGACAACGGAGUUUCGCGACAUGCUUGACCGGUUCGUACUCAUCUACCUCGACGAUAUCUUGGUGUAUAGUUGGACCUUGGAAGAGCACAUUGCGCAUCUAUGCACUGUUUUGGACAGGCUACGUACGGCCAAGUACAAGGCCAACCGAGCCAAGUGCGAAUUCGCACAACAAGAGCUCGAGUACUUGGGCCACUUUGUGAUGCUGCAAGGCAUCCGUCCACUCGCGGACAAGAUCAAUGCCAUCCAAGAUUGGCCGGAACCGACCAACACCACGAAAGUUCGCUCUUUUAUGGGAUUGGCCGGGUACUACCAACGCUUCAUCGGCAUAUACGCACGGAUCGCCGCACCCUUGUCAAGAUUGCAGUCUCCAAAGGUGCCUUUCCAUUUCACCGACGAAGUCCGAAGUUCGUUCCAUAAAAUGAAGAUGGCAUUGCUUCUCGCUCCCGUCUUGAGUAUCUACGAUCCCACCUUGCCUACGAGAGUGACUACGGACGCUUCCGACUACGACAUGGGUGCAGUUUUGGAACAAUACAGCGGAGUGGAUAGACAUCCGGUUGAGUACUUCAGCCAAAAGGUGCCUCCCAUCAACUCGGUUGAUGAUGCGCGGAAGAAGGAGUUGCUUGCUUUCGUCACGGUACUAAAUCGUUGGCUACACUUCCUCCUCGGGCGUCGUAGGUUCACUUGGGCUACGGAUAACAAACCAUUGACCUACUACAAGACGCUAGACACGCGACCUCAACACUCGUUUAUGUCGACAUUUUGGACUGCUCUCAUGAAGGAGUCCGGCACCGAGAUGAAACCGAGUUCGGCUCGGCAUCCACAAACGGACGGGCAAACAGAGCGGGCACAUCAAACCGCUGAAAUGAUGCUUCGUAUGCUCAUUCGUCCGGAUCAGAAGGAGUGGGUUGAACGCCUCCCCGACAUCGAGUUCGCCUACAACACUUCGUUGCAUCCGGCGAUCGACGUGACUCCAUUCGAGUUGCACCACGGUGGCCGGAAAGGCCGUAUCUUCGCUGACCUCCCAUUCCCACGGACUGCUGACAUUGACGCCGCUUGCUCUCCCACCUCCAUUUGGAAGUAUCGGGACUUGCUGGCUAAAGCCCGCUCCAACAUGCAAAAGGCUCAAGUCCGCAUGCAACAACAAGCCAAUUGGCGUCGCGUGCCAUGCCCCAUCCGCACCGGCGACCUUGUUCGGGUCUCCACGGAGGAGUUUGCGCUUGAACAAGAUGUACCGCGCAAGCUACUUCCAAAGUGGUUUGGACCAUGGACCGUCACAUCAGCCGCGGGUGAUGAGCCCGAUGACCCUUCUUUUGUGAUCGACAUCCCGCCUCACCUCACGGUCCACCCAAUUUUCCACGUCUCCAAGCUGGCCACAUAUACACCAGCCAAGAGCGACGACUUCCCGGGCCGACGAUCGCAGGAUCCUCCUUCUAUGGAUGGUCAUCAAGAAGUUGAUCGCAUCAUCACGCAUCGCAAGCACGACAACAAGCCAAUGCUGUACAAGGUCACAUUCAAGUGGUGCGACCGCGACGACACACAAUGGAUUUCACGAGCAGCCGUGCAAGCCUCCACACCGCUUAUCUACGCUGAAUAUGACAAGAAACGACUAGUCACGGAAGCUGCAAAGCCUGCCCCUCCCACCUGGACUUCAGUCCCUCCCUCCAACAGACAGCUUCGACCUGGCAGAUGUAUCACACAACCUGCUGUGGCACUGCUGAGAUGCCACCCAACUGCCGGCACCCCGGCGAUGUCACCCAACUGUCGACAUGGCACCGCUGUCAUGGCACCUUACCAGUCCACACCAGAUAUGAGGGAAGGAGAAGAAGAAAGGAAGGAAGAAGAUAAGGAUGAAAGAACCGAGGGAAGGAGGGCGAAAUCGAGCAAUCGACAGGACAGCAUUUCCCCACCCCGCAUGGUGUCUACAUGUCGCAUACCGUAAAGGUGCAGACCCGAACAAGAACCGACCUCUCUCACAUAGUACUGGAUAGCGCAGCGGAAGGCUGAAAUACCAAUGGUCAGACCAAUCAAUGUCGCAAUGCAGG